AUGUCCUGGUUCUCUGGCUACAGCCCUCUAGCGGGCAAUGACAACGUGGCCACCUUAAAUACUCAGAGCCCUGGCAAGAUCCUGCUCCAAAUCCUCGUGCUCCAGUGCUUUUACUACCUCACUGCCUUGAUCAUCUUCUACCUUGUGGCGCUGCUCAACGGGUAUGACUUUAGCGUCGACUGGAUCUUUUCGUGGGAGCUUAUCGCCUCAGAUAAUGCCAUGGGGCUUAUUUUGUUUGCGAUGUGGCUCGUGGACUCGCUUCUCUGCGUGUUGUUUGUCACCAUCAUAGUAGGAAGGUCCAAGUUGGCGUGGGACUUUGCUGUCACGGUGCAUGUCAUCAACUUGUGUGUGGUGUGGCUAUACACCGGCAAGUUCCCUACGUCGUUGCUUUGGUGGUGUCUUCAGGUGCUCAGUGCAGUGAUCUUGGUGACGCUAUCGACGUAUUCUACGCGUUGGAAGGAGCUCAGAACAACAUUUUUCGAUAACAUGCUUGAUCAACAGGAGAGGGGCGAGGUCAGGCACGACGACAUCGCCAUGAAGGACUUACCCCUGCAGCAGCUGCAUUGA